CAAUUUUGUUUGGGGCCCAAUUAUCACCACUCGCAGUGUCUCCUCAAUUCUCAUUUCUGUACCCUGCAACUUGAUUGAGCGCAAACAAGGUCGAAGACGAUGGCAGCUGCCCUAUCUCGCAUCUCCAAGAAAGCCCUAACCUCCACAAUCUCUCCUCAGUGCCACUUCCUAAAACGCGGUUUCUCCGCUGCUGAGUCAUUAUCGUCCUCACCAACCAAAUCGAUAACGCCGUCAGCGGAUCGCGUGAAGUGGGAUUAUCGAGGUCAGAGGCAGAUUAUACCGUUGGGACAGUGGCUCCCGAAGGUAGCUGUGGAUGCCUACGUGGCACCUAAUGUAGUCCUAGCUGGACAGGUCACGGUUUGGGAUGGAGCUUCAGUCUGGAGCGGAUCGGUACUACGUGGCGAUCUUAACAAGAUCACUGUUGGCUUUUGCUCUAAUGUUCAAGAGCGGUGCGUUGUUCAUGCUGCCUGGAAUUCUCCUACAGGACUGCCAGCAGAGACAUCCAUUGAGAGGUAUGUGACAAUCGGUGCUUAUAGUCUCUUGCGAUCUUGCACAAUUGAGCCAGAAUGCAUAAUUGGGCAGCACUCGAUCCUGAUGGAAGGUUCUUUGGUGGAGACGCACUCAAUCCUGGAAGCUGGGUCUGUGGUUCCCCCAGGGAGAAGAAUCCCAACAGGUGAACUUUGGGCAGGAAAUCCAGCAAGAUUUGUGAGGGCUUUGACCCACGAGGAGACAUUGGAAAUCCCUAAGCUUGCGGUUGCAAUUAACGACCUCAGCAAAAACCAUUUCUCAGAAUUUCUACCUUACUCUACAGUUUAUUUAGAGGUUGAGAAGAUGAAGAAGAAGUUGGGAAUUUCUAUCUGAUGCUUUUUUGUUGUCAUGUUUCGAUGUACCAGUUCAUUGCAAGGAAAUAAACAGCUCGAGAACAUGUAAAGCAAGCUUCCAUUUUUCUUUUGUCUGUAUUUGAGUUGGCUGUUGACAGAGCCAAUUGUGAAUUUCAAUCAAAUGGGUGGCAGUAGUCGAUUGAGGCACUUGUCAUUUCUCUUU